UGCACCAGCUGCCCAGGCAUCUACAGAGCUUUUGGCGGUCUCUCCAGAGGCUGCACCAGCUGCCCAGGCAUCUACAGAGCUGUUGGCGGUCUCUCCAGAGGCUGCACCAGCUGCCCAGGCAUCUACAGAGAUGUUGGUCGACUCUCCAGAGGCUGCACCAGCUGCCCAGGCAUCUACAGAGCUGUUGGUCGACACUCCGGAGGCUGCACCAGCUGCCCAGGCAUCUACAGAGCUGUCGGCGGUCUCUCCAGAGGCUGCACCAGCUGCCCAGGCAUCUACAGAGCUGUCGGCAGUCUCUCCGGAGGCUGCACCAGCUGCCCAGGCAUCUACAGAGCUGUUGGCGGUCUCUGCAGAGGCUGCACCAGCUGCCCAGGCGUCUACAGAGCUUUUGGCGGUCUCUCCGGAGGCUGCAUCAGCUGCCCAGGCAUCUACAGAGCUGUCGGUCCCUACAGAGGCUGCACCAACUGCCCAGGCAUCUACAGAGCUGUCGGCAGUCUCUCCGGAGGCUGCACCAGCUGCCCAGGCAUCCACAGAGCUGUUGGCGGCUCUUUGCAGAGGCUGCACCAGCUGCCCAGGCAACUGUCGGAUCCCUCCAGAGGCUGCAUCAGCUACCCAGGCAUCUACAGAGCUGUCGGCAGUCCCUACAGAGGCUGCACCAGCUGCCCAGGCAUCUACAGAGCUCUUGGUAGACUCUCCAGAGGCUGCAUCAGCCAACCAGGCAUCUACAGAGCUGUCGGCGGUCUCUCCAGAGGCUGCACCAGCUGCCCAGGCAUCUACAGAGCUGUCGGCAGUCUCUUCAGAGGCUGCACCAGCUGCCCAGGCUUCUACAGAGUUGUCGGCGGUCUCUACAGAGGCUGCACCAGUUGCCCAGGCAUCUACAGAGCUGUCGGCAGUCCCUACAGAGGCUGCAUCAGCCAACCAGGCAUCUACAGAGCUGUCGGCGGUCUCUCCAGAGGCUGCACCAGCUGCCCAGGCAUCUACAGAGCUGUCGGCGGUCUCUCCAGAGGCUGCAUCAGCCAACCAGGCAUCUACAGAGCUGUCGGCGGUCUCUCCAGAGGCUGCACCAGCUGCCCAGGCAUC